CGCAUGCCCACCAAUGUGGAUUGGAUUUGGAAACAAGUGCUUUUAUUUUUCUGAAGAAACAGGGAACUGGACAUUCAGCCAGACUUUCUGUGACUUACUGGAAGCUCAUCUUGUGCAGAUUGACACCUCAGAUGAAUUGAAAUUUCUGAAAAGAUACAAAGGCCCUUACGACCACUGGAUAGGCCUUAGCAGAGAAUCGCCAAGUCACUCUUGGAAAUGGACAAAUAAUACUGGAGGCAACACUGUGUUUCAGGUCAGAGGAACUGGGGAAUGUGCCUACUUGAAUGACAAUGGUGUGAGCAAUGGCAGAAUUUACUCAGACAAAAAUGGAUUUGUAGCAAACCGAAAUGGCAAAUUGCUCCGCCUGGCAAAUGCUUCUAACUCAUGA